AUGGCCGAAACCAUCAAGAUGAAUCUACAGCCGGCUCCACAUCCUGUUCUCUAUGCGGCUGGGUUUCCUCGAGUUCAUGCCGAAAACUUCCCGCUCGGAGAUCGCGCAGCAUUUGCUAAAUAUUAUCCAUAUGGAAUUCCCGUCACCUAUAAAAUGAUGCAUGGCGUGCACUCUCAUGGAGUGGCUCAGACCUAUUUAGAAGACCACCUUCCCGUUGGAUUUUAUACCAAUGUGCCGUCCAAGGCAAAAGCCUUCAUUUCAACCUCGAAUGGGAGUCGUCCAUUUCGCAAAUUGGAUCACAUUUUACCCCAGCGUCGAAUCCAUCUGUGGUCCAGAGACGAAAUCCAGGCCAUUUGUAACUCGCUCCGCAAAGUCUACUGGAAUGAGCUGAAGCAUAUGCAGCAGCCACACUGCUGGGAUGAUUUGUGGACAUUCUUCGACGCCCAUGACCUCUAUCAUAACGGCUGCAUAAAUCUUUGGAACGUCAUCAAUACACUCUGGGAUGAAAACAAGCUCAUAUCCGUGGAUGUAAGGCGAGAAGUUGCUGCGCAUAUCGGUCACUGGGCGGAUGAGUGGCUGAAGCAAAAGCAAAAUCGGGAGAAAUUAAUCAAAUGGCAGGAAUCUCAUGGCCCCAUCUUCCGCAUUCUGGAUGACCAAGACCAUAACUCUCUGGGAUUGAUACACGAUGAUGUGGUGCCACUGAUAGCAAGCGCGUUGAGAGGCCGUCGCAGCUUUCUCCUCUCCAACAAGGAGACGGAGCAAGUUGAAGAGCCUGCAGACUUGAUGACGGCAUGUCGGACAAACAGCAUUGAAAACUGGCUUACUGGACAGCGAGUUUUUGAGAGCAAUGGUUUGCCGCCCCCUCCCGUGUCUGAGCCCCAUCGCGGCCCGUCGGCGCUGAACGAGCCAGCUCCCUGCUUUGUGGAAAAUGGGAAGCAUUACUUUCUCCCACAGCAUUGUUUCUCACAUCCAGAGCCAUCUCACAGACCUGUUCAAGCUGUUAAAGCUUUGCAGAAAUCCGUCGAGGCCGCUGUACCCUCGCGACAACCCGAACUUACCAAGUCUGGUGUAGUCAUCGUUAACGGCAGUAAUAUACCAAAACAACUGCAAAACUCCAUCAACAAAGCAGAUAAGAAGAAAUUCGGUGAACUUGAAAGUCAGAAUGAUCCCCGAAGAAUUGCAUCUAUGCCAGAGACAUCAUCUCCUGUGGCUUCAGGCUCCAGUCUAGAUACAAAGCGCAAUGAGACUUCGAUGGCGGCUGUUAAUGGAGCUACUUCCGUCACAGAGACAAGACGAAGUUCUGAGUCAGCGACGUUGCCAACUUGUAGCAAAAAGUCUCCAGACCACACCUUGGCCUCGGAGAAAUGUGGCGGAGAGAGCAUGAUGGACAAGCUCACCAGGGAGGUCGCCGAGCUGGAACAAGUCAAGCAAAACAUUGCAUCUAUUGACCAGCCAGUUCACCCGGGAGAUGAAGGCCAAUUCCCACCAUAUGAAGCCAUGAGACUUGAACGAUGUCAAACUCAGGUUACAGAUGGGCCUCUUGACAACCAUGCCACAAUGAGGUCAUUGCAUUCCUCCCAGAGAGUCCGCAGGUUAACGCAGGAUCAAAGACAACAUUUUGGGAACUCGCCGGAUGACUUCACGAGACAAAACCUCGCGGCUCCCAUGAGAGCGUCACCGGAGCCGACUCCUUUCUAUAUGCAGCCGGAAAAGCCUUUCAUACAGCACCUUGCAUCAACCAAUGGAUUCCCACGACAUAGCAGCAGCCAAUACUCUUCCGCAAAUAGACCGGCACCUCAUGCUGGCCCAUAUAGGGAGUUUUCUGGGGCGUCUGAAAUCACCCCUUUCCAACAAGUCACUACUGGAGCGCAUUCUGGCGCUAUGCCAGCCAUAGCACCAGCUUCCAAAUCGCGCAACUUGGCUAAUAAUGGGUCUGAUGAAAGUAUUCAGUUUGCUCAACCAGCUCGGCCUGAAUUAUUGCAUGGAUCCUCAACCUCCUCCUUGCACAACGAAUACCGAAGUGGCGGCCAAUCCUAUAAUAAGGUAGCCCAGCGUCGAGAAUCGAAUGGCCGAAAGGCUCAGGGUUGGAAUUCGGGCCAGCAGGCUCAAUUGGAACGUCAUACUGCUCCUCGCGAGUCCUAUUUGAAUAAAUCAUGGAGACGAAGUGCUCAACCGGAUAGCACUCGACAGAGCUCUUGGUGCCUCAAUCCUGCAGGUCCGAACAAUGUGGAAUACACUCCUUGCGAUUGCAGUGGCUGUACCGAACGCAAUAGGAGCAUAUGGGUUAGGAUUCGCGCUGAGACUCUUGGGCCGAAUAUGGAUAUUCAAACGAUCCUCAAAUUUGGAAUCGGCAAUAGGUUUGGCCCAGUGGAAGAGGCUUAUCCGGCCCCAUCGCAAAGUAGAGAUGCAUUCAUCGUGAGAUUCGCAAAGGAGUCAUCUGUGCCACAAGCUCUUGCAGUUGGUUCAUGCAAGAUUGCAGAGAAGGGCAUUGAAGUACUCAUUCGGCCUGUCUAUCGAUCGAAAUGGAUGAACAUCCACCAACACCAGCAGACAAGGAGGCUUCCAUCAAUACCAAUUAUACAUCAACAACCAAUGUGGGCUUCCUCAAGCCCAUCAGGCAUGAACAUUGAUCAUGGGCAUACAGCAGGUCCUAGUCCGUCGUCGUCGGCGACUGCUACACAUACUCCAGAACGAGGCCAACUUGGCAUCUCGUCAGGUCACAAAAGUACCGAAGUCUUGUCCCAUGCAAUGGAAUCAAGCCAGAGUAUGACUCAGGAUACUGCAUUGCCCGUUGUUGAGUCCGCUAUUAUACCAGAUAACGACCAGUCAAGGGAGAUCUUGGAGACCGCUCACAGUCAUGGCCGAGCAGCCACUGUAAAAGACGAGAAGCACCACGAGCCCGAACAAGAUUUCACUCGGCCUGCAGUUUCCAUGCAAACAAAAAAGUCCAAGAAGAAAGAGAUUCUGUCUCAACCAAAGCCUCUGCCGGCGGAAUCUGCUGGCGGGAAAGACAGUAGCUGCAGUCAAACGACGCCGGGGAGCGAGGAUGGCGGAUAUACUUUGCCUAAGAAGGCUCGUAUUGCAUUACCAAGCAGUCCUCUGAUGCCAGCUAGUGUGAUAGUGGAAGUCUCCAAAGCAAACUUAUCCACUGCUGCUUCUCAUUCAGAUACAAGAGAUGACAGUGGCACGCCGAAGAGUCAGGAGGGAGAAAAUAAAGAAACUCCAACACCUGAAAAGGUGGCCAGCCCUCUCCCAUACACUAGCACUAUUGACAAAGUUGUGCAAAAUGACACGAGCGUGGAGAUAAACAAACUAGCAGUAUCAGCCGACUUGAAGAAGACACAAUUUUCUGCUUCCAAAGUGGUCGCAGAUUUACCGUCAGCAACGAAAACCUCUGAAAAUAUCUUCACAGAAGAUGAGAUCAAAGAACGAAAACAGGCCUGGAAUAGGAUUCCUAUGCCAUUGGAUCCACGGAAAUCCAAGAAACUAGGAACGUCUGUCACUUCCGGCCAACUAACUCAAAAGAAGCUCUCAAGUAAUGCGAUGGAGGACACGAGCAUUUCUGUGGCGUGUAUUGAGGAGCAGGUUCAGCUGGAGCCAUCUGGCAUUCCAGGUGUGGACGAAACAAAACCCGAGCAGUUCAGGAGAGGAAUUGAGGAACCGGUCAAGGAUGGAGUUCAGCAGCUUACGAAAAAUGAAGGCCCCGGCCUUGAACAAAGGCACUUUGUGUCAAAAGAGUUGCCAAGGGCCAGGAUUAAGAAUGAUGAAGAUUCUUCUUCUUCUAAACUAAAGCCGUCUGAGCUAUUCCAAUCAGUAUCAGUGCAAUCGAUUGAGGAUUCAACCAUACCCCCUGGGACGGUGUUGUCCAUUAAUGAGAACAAAGCAAGUGAUGAGGCAAAUAACCAAGGCAAGCCGAAAAGUAAAUGGGGCAAGAACAAAAAGGCCAAGAAACGCCUAGCCUCAGCACCACAGAAUGAACUGCAAAAAGAGACUGGCAGCCAGGAGGUGUCGCCGUCCGCCUUAGGAAUAUCCACGAUGCCUGCGAAGGAGAAGCCUCAGAUGAAUCAUGAUACUCUCAUACUGGCCCCUACAAUUACCGAGUCCCCUCUUAAUUCUAUUUGUCUGCCUCUAAAGAUUGAUAGAUCAUCAGUUGAGCCGUUCAAAGAGUCCAAGGAGCAGGCAAUAACGGGUAACAGAACUCAAUAUCCCUACGAUACCCUACCGCGUGGCCGACCGGAUUUCAGGAAUAAUGCGGGCGGCUCUCUGAAAAUUCCGAAGAAGCGAAAGAACAAAUACCCUACCAUCACUUCAAAGACAUUCGAAGCAUCGGCAGCUAGCAAAUUUGCACCAUCACAGUCCAGAUUUGGUGCCGGCGGCCUGAUGCCAACACCCAACACCGAGAGUGCAAGUACAGGCAGUUUGGCAACCCACGCAGGAGAAUCUGAUACUUCCAAGAAAAGCCGCUUGAAUCCACUCGCAACUGCUUUCGUGUCUCCUCGCAAGGCGACUGCCGGCACUGAGACCGUUUCGUAUUCUCCUAGAGCAGCCUCUUCCCGAGCAGGAUCAGGAGAGGCCCCUCUCGAGAAAAUCCAGCCCCCCGCUACGUUCAAGAUCAUAAAAAGGCCAGUGACGGCACAUAACUCGCCGUCAAAAGCGCCACAAUUGAGAGAAAAGUUCAGCCAAGGGUUCAGAGGGGCUGACAACUUCGAGAGCUCGACCAAGCAGCAGGAGAACAGUCGUAAUGAAAUCCAGCGCGACUGGUCCAAAGACAGACACCAACGGGAACGCGAAAACAUCAAAUUGGCGAAUUCGAAUGCUGCGUCGCCUUCAAAGGAUGGUAGAAAGAAGAAUGUUGAUCUCGAUACGCAGGAUUGGCCUGCAUUGCCGGUGUCUCGGGUGAGGUCUUCUACUCUUCAGUAA